CUUUACUCCUUAUGUAAGUUUUCAUUAAAUUACGAUUAGCCAACUUUUCGGCGUUUUUUAAAUGCGUCUUGCAUGCUUAAAUGCCCUACACGUACCACCUUACAACGUAACGUUUUCCAUAAUUUCUUCACUUUCUAUUCAAUUUCUUUCUUUCUAACUAUGAACCACACCAUACAAAGCGUCAAUAUUAUUGAGAGAAAUAGUUCUAUGUCUAGUUUUUUUCAUGAUGAUGAAGAUGAUGAAGCCUAUAAAGAAGUUCAUCAAUCACCAAGUUUUAAUCAAUUUUCGCUACACCACCUUAGCUUCAUCCCCGAACCACCAUCAUCGCCAUCACCAUUGCUCCCACCAAGUCCCGAAUCCAUAUGGUCUCGUUCACCUCUAUUGACCCCUACUCACCCAUCUCUACUUUAUUGUUGUAUUUCAUCUAUGCAUCGCGAUGGAGAUAUCUACUCCAUCGCGGUGUCAAAUGACCUAGUGCUAACUGGCUCAUCUAGCCAUCGUAUCCAUGCUUGGAAGCCACUUGACUGCCAUGCAAAAGGGUACAUACAUGCAAGCUCGGGUGAGGUUCGAGCCAUGGUGGCUCAUGGUGAGGUACUCUUUACAUCACACAAGGAUCACAAGAUUAGGGUUUGGAACAUGAAGGAUUGUAGUGGUAAUAGUAGUAGUAGCAGCUUUAGACCUAGGAAGUUAACUACCCUACCAAAUGAUAGUCAUUUCAAAAAAAAUCAUUUCUAGGCCAAUUACCCCACAAAUUAAGGGCACUUCUAAGCCAAUAAUUAUCCCACAACAUAGGGACACUAUCUCUUGCAUGGCUUACUACCAUGUUGAAGGGAUUCUAUACACCGGCUCAUUCGAUCGAACCGUUAAAGCUUGGAGGAUUAAUGAGAAGAAAUGUGUAGACUCAUUUAUAGCUCAUGGUGGUAAUAUAAAUGAUAUGGUGGUUAACCAACAAAAUGGCUAUCUUAUUACGUGUUCGUCCGAUGGAACGGUAAAAAUGUGGUUAAGGGUUUAUGGUGAAAACUCCCAUGCCUUAAUCAGGGUUCUUGUAUUUCAUGCCUACCCUUUUCAUGCCUUAGCCUUUAGUGUCGCGGUGUCAAAUAAGAGCUUCUUGUAUUCGGGGUCUACGGAUGGUACGAUAAACUAUUGGGAGCAAGAGAUUUCUUGUAGGUACACUCAUGGAGGGUUCUUACAAGGGCAUAGGUUCGCAGUCCUUAGCCUUGUGACUAUUGAGAAUAUAGUGAUUAGUGGAUCUGAGGACUCGACGAUUAGGAUAUGGAAAAGAGAAAAAGGAAGAGGUAAUAUACACGAGUGCCUCGCCGUGUUGGAAGGUCAUAGAGGGCCUGUAAGAUGCUUGGCUACUUUCUUACAAAAGGAUAAGUUUGCGUUGAGUUUCUUGGUGUAUAGUGCUAGUUUGGAUCAAACGUUUAAGGCGUGGAGAGUUAAGUUGUCUCCGGAAGUAAAGAAAUCGCCUUUCGGAGAUGAUGAUGAUGAUAGGGAGGAGAGUAAAUCUCAAAUGGAGUUUGAGACAAGUCCUGUGUUGUCUCCUUCAUGGGUGAAGAAGAAGCUCCAAAUUAGUCGCAGUUUACAUAAGUUGGUUUAAUAAUUUAAUUACAUGAUGAUUAAGUUUUAUGUAGUGUGUUAUUUAAUUAUAUUUAUAUUAGUAUAGACCAUAUUAUUACUCUCAUAAGUUAUCUUAUUUAUCCUAAUUCCAUACCUAGCUAUGCCCUCUAGGUUAUUACAUUUAAUUUAUUUGUGCGACAAAGUAUUGUAUACUUAAUAUAUGUAUUAAAGUUUUCAAUAAAUCUUGGAACAAAAAAAGAUGUACCACGAUCUAUCAAUAGCAAAAUUAACUUGCCCUGCCUACGACCUCAAAUCCUUUGACCUAGAAUACAAUAAAAG